GCCCCAUCUUCUUCCCCUCGCAGCCCACAACCCUCCCUCAGGGCACCAUCAACAUGAACCAGUGCACAGACGUGGUGGAUGGCGAGGGCCGCACGGGCCAGAAGUUCUCCCUGUGCAUUCUGACCCCCGAGAAGGAGCACUUCAUCCGGGCAGAGACCAAGGAGAUCAUCAGCGGGUGGCUGGAGAUGCUCACGGUCUAUCCCAGGACCAACAAGCAGAACCAGAAGAAGAAGCGGAAGGUGGAGCCCCCCACACCACAGGAGCCAGGGCCGGCCAAGAUGGCUGUCACCAGCAGCAGCGGCAGCAUCCCCAGUGCUGAGAAGGUUCCCACCACCAAGUCCACACUCUGGCAGGAAGAAAUGAGGGCCAAGGACCAGCCCGAUGGGAGCAGCCCGAGUCCAGCUCAGAGUCCCAGCCAGAGCCAGCCUCCUGUGGCCGGCACCCUGAGGGAGCCAGGGCUGGAGAGCCGAGACGAGGAGGGCACCACAAGCAGCGAGCGUGUGGACUGUGGCCGCAAGGUCCGGGUGGAGAGCGGCUACUUCUCCCUGGAGAAGACCAAGCAGGACGCAAAGGCCGAAGAGCAGCAGCUGCCGCCGCCGCUCUCCCCGCCCAGCCCCGGCACCCCCACCAACAGGAGGUCCCAGGUAAUAGAGAAAUUUGAGGCCUUGGACAUCGAGAAGGCAGAGCACAUGGAGACCAACAUGUCAGCCGGGCCCUCGCUGUCAAGCGACACUCGCCAGGGCCGGAGCGAGAAGAGGGCCUUCCCCCGGAAGCGGGACCUCCCCAGCGAAGCUCCUCUCCCGGACGCCUCGGCCUCCCCCCUGUCUCCACACCGAAGAGCCAAGUCACUGGACAGGAGGUCCACGGAGCCCUCCCUGACGCCCGACUUGCUGAACUUCAAGAAAGGCUGGCUGACCAGGCAAUAUGAGGACGGCCAGUGGAAGAAACACUGGUUUGUCCUUGCUGAUCAAAGCCUGAGGUUCUACAGGGACUCGGUGGCUGAGGAGGCGGCCGACUUGGAUGGGGAGAUCGACUUGUCUUCAUGUUACGAUGUCACGGAGUACCCAGUGCAGAGGAACUAUGGCUUCCAGAUCCAUACAAAGGAGGGCGCCUUCACCCUCUCUGCUAUGACGUCUGGAAUCCGGCGGAAUUGGAUCCAGACCAUCAUGAAGCACGUCCACCCGAUCUCUGCCCCAGACGUGACAAGCUCGCUGCCGCAGGGCAAAGACCGGAGCAGCUCCCCCUCGGAGACGAGGCUGCGGGAGAAGCAGGACGGGGAGCCCGGGGAGCCAGACCCCGAGCAGAAGCGGAGCCGGGCCCGUGAGCGCAGGCGGGAGGGCCGCUCCAAGACCUUCGACUGGGCCGAGUUCCGCCCCAUCCAGCAGGCCCUGGCCCAGGAGAGAGCCGGCACCCCGGGGCCUGCCACCCCACGGCCCGAGGCGGAGCCCGGCGAGCUGGAGAGGGAGCGUGCGCGGCGGCGGGAGGAACGGCGCAAGCGCUUUGGGGCGGUGGAUGCAGCCGACGGGCCCAGCAUCGACGACACGGCCCUGCGCAUGGAGGUCGACCGGGGCCCGGGGCCGCCCAUGACCACCGACCUCAGGACCCAGAACGUGCACGUGGAGAUCGAGCAGCGGUGGCAUCAGGUGGAGACCACCCCUCUCCGGGAGGAGAAGCAAGUGCCCAUCGCCCCUCUGCACUUGUCCUCCUCCGAGGAUGGAAGCGACCGACUCUCCACUCCCGAGCUGACCUCUGUGCUGGAGAAGGAGUUGGAGCAGAGCCAGAAGGAGGCCUCAGACCUUCUAGAGCAGAACCGGCUGCUGCAGGACCAGCUGAGGGUGGCUCUGGGCCGGGAGCAGAGCGCCCGGGAGGGCUAUGUGCUGCAGACUGAAGUGGCCACCUCCCCGUCCGGCGCCUGGCAGAGGCUCCACAGAGUCAACCAGGAUCUGCACGGCGAGCUGGAGGCCCAGUGCCAGCGCCAGGAGCUCAUCACGCGGCAGAUCCAGGCCCUGAAGCGCAGCUACGGGGAGGCCAAGGACGCGAUCCGGCACCACGAGGCCGAGAUCCGGAGCCUCCAGGCGCGGCUUGGCAAUGCCGCCGCCGAGCUCACCAUCAAGGAGCAGGCGCUGGCCAAGCUCCAGGGCGAGCUGAAGCUGGAGAAGGACAAGGUCCGCGAGCAGCUGGAGGAGCGGCAGCGCGGCGAAGCCGCGCUCAACGCCCAGCUGCAUGCCAGCGAGCGGAAGCUCCAGAGCGCGGAGGCCCUGCUGCUGGGGAGGACGCAGGAGCUGCGGGAGCUGGAGAGGCAGCAGGCGCUGCAGCGGGACCGGCAGAACGAGGUGCAGAGGCUGCAGGAGCGCAUCGCCGACCUCAGCCAGCAGCUCAGCGCCAGCGAGCGGGCCCAGAAGCUGAUGGAGGAGAAGCUGCAGAGGAACUACGAGCUGCUGCUGGGGAGCUGUGAGCGGGAGAAGCAGGGGCUCCUGCAGAGCCUGAAGGAGGCGGAGGACAGGGCCAGCGCCUUCGAGGACCGGCUCCAGGACCACGAGCAGCAGAUGGAGGCCCUGCAGAAGGAGAAGCUGAGCGCCAAGUCCGAGGGCAGCGAGGCGGUGCGCCGGCUGGAGGAGCAGCUGGAGAUGAGGGAGGCCAGCAUCCAGAAGCUGGCCGAGCACGUCCAGAGCCUCCGAGACGAGCGGGACCUGAUCCGGCAGCGCUUCCAAGAGCUGAUGGGCCGCGUCACCUUGUCCGGCGGGGACGUGGCCGCGCUUCGGGAGAAGCUGAAGGGCAGGGAGGCUGACUACCAAAGCCUGGAGCGCUCCUACAGGAGGGCGGCCAGCCAGCUCCAGGGCGUGCGCACGCGGCUCCACGAGAAGGAGGAGGAGCUGAGGCGCGUCCGGGACGCGCACGAGAAGGCGCUGCACAGGAAGGAGCGGCAUCUCCAGGAUGCGCUGGCUAAGGUGACUGCCUUGGGGAGCAGCUUAGAGGAAACAGAAGCGGAGUUCCAGGCAAAGGAAGAGAUCGUGAGGCAGUUUGCCAAGGAGUCCUCAGAGGACGCCGAGGAGGAGGGCGGCGUCGCACGCGCGGGCCCACGGCUCCAGGCCGCCGGCGCACCUCCGGGGGCCGCCCUGGGGGAGGAGCACAGGGACAGCAGCCCCAGGAGAGAAGAGAGCCCAGUGCCCCCAAGGUCGGAAGUGUCCGACAGGGAGGGGCACCUGCCGAGCACCUCAAAACCCGACCAGGGAGCGCCCGGCCUCAAGAGGCAAAGAAUCCGGUUCUCCACGAUCCAGUGCCAAAAGUACACCCACCCUGACGGGUCUGAGAGGACCUGGACCAGCAGCACGUCCUCUGACACCAGUCAGGACCGCUCGCCCUCGGAGGAAAGCAUGUCGUCAGAGGCCACCCCCAGCUCACUCCCAGCGACCGGCGACUCGGACACCUACCUGUCCAUCAUCCGCUCCCUGGAGACCAAGCUCUACGUCACCGAGGAGAAGCUCAAAGACGUGACGGUGAAGCUGGAGAGCCAGCAGGGCCAGAGCCAGGAGGCCCUGCUCGCUCUGCACCAGCAGUGGGCUGGCACCGAGGCGCGGCUGCGUGAGCAGCUCCGUGCCAGCCUGCUCCAGGUCGCCGCGCUGGCCUCCCAGCUGGAGCAGGAGAGACGGGCGAGGGCGGAGGUGGUUGAGAACCACGUCGAGGAGCUCGGUGACUUCCAGGUGAAAAACAGCCAGGCCCUGGCUUGCCUGGAAAGCUGCCGAGAACAGCUGCGGUCUCUGCCGGGUGAUGCAGGGGCGGGGCUCCUGGCCGUGGAGAGCUUGCUGGUCGGUGCCAUCCAGGCCCUGUGUCACCAGCCGGCUCCCACAGGGGAGGCAGGUUUCUUGGAGGAAGAGAAGGCGCCCUCACGGCAGCCGCCACAGCCGCCGGAGCUGAGCGAGCGGGAGCAGCUCCAGCUCCUUUCUGAUCAGAUAGCCCUGGGGGCCGCGCUGAUAGACCAGAUAGCAGACUCACUGAGAAACACCGCCUCAGAUGCCCUGCACGUGCUCCUCGAGCUCUCUCAGGCCGGAGAGUGGCCGCUGGAGUCCGAAAGUGCCGCGGCCUGGCCUGGGGCCCCAGUGGACGCCUGGGCCAAGAAGGUGCUGGUGGAUGGAGAAUUCUGGAGCCAGGUCGAGUCCCUGAGCCGGCACCUGGAGACGCUGGGUGGAGAGGCAGCCAGUGCCUCGGGAGGUGGGCGGCCGAGCGCCCCGCCAGCCCCGGUCCCUGCCCUGGCCGACGCCAUGUGGGUCAGGGCGGAGCUCAGCCUUGCCGUGCAUUCGGUGUGGGGGUCCCUCCACCGCAGGCUGCGGAGCAUCCAGGAGACCCUCCAGGGGACACAGGCAGCCCUGCAGCAGCACAAGCGCAUGCUGGGGGAGAUCCUAGAGGCCUACCAGACACCCGACUUCGAGAGAGUGAUGCUGCAGGUCUCGGAAACCCUCCAGCUUCCAGCAGGUGCCGCAGAUGGUGUCCGGGUGUCCUGGACUGGGAGCCCGCCGGAAGAAGUACCGAGUCAUGGGGACCCAGCUGGCUCGCAGGCUCUCUGUCCCUUGUCCAGCCAGAGCUCUGGGGCCUUGGUUGCUAUUCAGGAAGAGCUCGCCCUGCAGCUUAAAGCUAAGGCCAGUCUCUUGGGAGAGAUCUCUGCCACUUUAACCUCACUUCUCUCUGUGGAGGCGGUACAAGACUGUCAGAAGCUUCUCCAGGCCUCCCGGCAUCUCUCCCGUAGCGCUUGUCUGGGAGGCCUCGGCCAGUAUUCUUCCUUAUUAGUUCAAGAUGCGAUUAUUCAGGCUCAGGUGUGUUACACAGCCUGCAGGAUCCGGCUGGAGUAUGAAAAGGAGCUCCGGGGCUACAGGGAGUCCUGGUCGGGCAGGGGGGCCUCCAGUCAGGAGCACGAACAAGCUGUGGGGGCCCUGAGGGCGGAGUACGAGGAGCUUCUCCGCCAGCAGAAGAGCGAGUACCUGGAGGUCAUCGCCAUCACUGAACGGGAGAACGCGGAGCUCAAGACCAAGGUCGCCCAGCUGGACCAGCAGCAGAGGCGUCUGGAAGAGGGUCAGAGUGAGCGCAGUGAGAGCCUGGCUGCCCCACGAGGGUGGCCUGAGGAGCGGACGGUCAGCUGCACGCGGGAGCGGCUGAGCCGGGCGGAGGGCGCGCCGCAGGCUGCGCGCGGCAGGGUCCUGAGCCAGCUGGAUGCCAUGGCCGGGGACGGGCAGGACCUGGAGAGGCAGCCUGUGGACCAGGUGCAGACCCUGGAGGACAAGUUCCAGCUCAAGAUCCGGGAGCUGCAGGCCAUCCAUGAGGAGGAGCUGCGGGCCCUGCAGGAGCACUACUCUCAGGCGCUGCGGUGCCUGCAGGAGACCCUGCACCACUGCCAGGGGCGGCCCCCUGCCACCCCACCAGCCCACGGACCCCCGUCCUCCAGCCGGCCAGCUGAGGGGGGGUGCGAGUCCGUGAUGGGGCUGAAGGAGCGCAUCCAGGAGCUGGAGGCCCAGGUGGACGUCCUGCGGGAAGCGCUGGAGCACAAGGACCUGGCGGGUGGCGCGGCCUCACUGCGGGAAGAGCGCCAGAGGGACUUUGAGAGCCUCAAGGCCACGUGCGAGCGAGGGUUUGCAGCCAUGGAAGAAACACACCAGAAGAAGAUCGAAGACCUGCAGAGGCAGCACCAGCGGGAACUGGAGAAACUGCGGGAGGAGAAAGACCGCCUCCUGGCUGAGGAGACCGCGGCCACCAUCUCAGCCAUCGAAGCCAUGAAGAAUGCCCACCGCGAGGAGAUGGAACGGGAGCUGGAGAAGAGCCAGCGGUCCCAGAUCAGCAGUGUCAACGCGGACAUCGAGGCCCUGCAGCGGCAGUACCUGGAGGAGCUGCAGUCUGUGCAGCGCGAGCUGGAGGUCCUCUCUGAGCAGUACUCGCAGAAGUGCCUGGAGAACGCCCACCUGGCCCAGGCGCUGGAGGCCGAGCGGCAGGCCCUACGGCAGUGCCAGCGCGAGAACCAGGAGCUCAACGCCCACAACCAGGAGCUGAACAACCGCCUGGCUGCUGAAAUCUCACGGCUACGGACGCUGCUGACGGGGGACGCCGGUGGCGAGGCUGCUGGUUCACCUCUCACGCAGGGCAAGGACGCCUAUGAGCUAGAGGUCUUAUUGCGGGUCAAGGAAUCAGAAAUCCAGUACCUGAAACAGGAGAUCAGCUCCCUCAAGGAUGAGCUACAGACGGCGCUGCGGGACAAGAAGUACGCUAGUGACAAGUACAAGGACAUCUACACAGAGCUCAGCAUCGUGCGGGCGAAGGCCGACUGUGACAUCAGCAGGCUGAAGGAGCAGCUGAAAGCCGCGACCGAAGCACUGGGUGAAAAGUCACCGGAAAACACCCCCGUGUCCGGAUACGAUAUAAUGAAGUCUAAAAGCAACCCUGACUUCUUGAAGAAAGACAGAUCCUGUGUCAGCCGACAGCUCAGAAGCAUCAGGUCCAAGUCCGUAAUUGAGCAGGUCUCAUGGGAUAACUGAAACGACCCGCUUCCCGGUCCCUUGUCGUGUAGAGUCUGAAGGAAGGCCUGACGGUGCGAGAUCGCCUGAAGCUCUGUGAGUCCAGGGACCUGGAGCGCGACUAGCUGCUCCCGUGCAGCUCAGACGCACCCUCCCCGGCCCGCGGCCGCCGCCCUCGUCUCUACCUUCGAUUCCUGUUAUUGUUAUCGUUGUUACCGUCCUCAGUAACUGUGGUAUGGAUGCACGAGAGACUGGUCUGUGGGCUGCUCCCGUCACUCCCUGUGUGUUUACCGAAGCUUUUCCCCAUGGUUUUCUACCACCAGCCCGGCCGAGGGGCCCGGUGCCCAAGCGCAUGCGGCUCUCCCCCGUCGCCCCCGCGCUCACGUCAGUAUUAAGGCCCAGCAGCCUGCGAUAAGCCAGCUGUGUCUCGCCCAGUGCGCGGUGGGGUCAGGGCCCGGGCGGGUCCCUGGGAGAGAACCAGCCACGAGGCGUGGAGGCGUGGAGGCGUGUGCUGCGGCCCCAGCGCUGACAGCUGGUAGCCUGCGGGGGGGAGCGUGGCCUCGAACCUUGGAUGGACCACCUUUGGGCUUCAGGGGAGGACCGCAUUUUGUAUUUGUUCCACUAAUGCCGCUUAGAACCACACCCCAGAUACUCGUGGUAAACCUUUCACAACCUGGAAGAUGUUGCAAGCAGCCAUUCCUACUUUUGUUUGUUUUUUUAUUAAAUCUUGCACAAAA